AUGGCCAGCGUCUUCCGCAUGUAUGGUGGACCGUCUGCGCACGCGCGCCUCGCCCAAGUUGAAGACCACAACGAUCUGCAUAAGGUCCAAUCACACUUCGCAGGCAUAACAGUGUGGGCAUGCGACGAGCGGCCGCAGCCCACGGCGCCACAGCCGAGCUUCUGGAUACCGAAAGUCUCCAGGAUCGAGUUCAACCCGCUGUUCACGAGCGGCGACUGGCACCCAUGCUACACCCCGCUGGAUGAGCUAACGGAUGAUGACCCGCUCAGAACGUGGAACUGGGAGUGCAGAGAGGUGCGGCUGCGGCCCGAAACACACGAGCUGCUGAGGCAGGACGGCGAGGACCGCGACACCCUCAGAGCAAUGUACCUGACGCAGCCGCCUAUAACGACCGUCUGCGCCCGUGAAAAUUCCGGUACAUGUCUGAUCUUGUUCUCGAACGAGAAGGGCGUUGCGAUGGGAGACGUGUUCGAUAACCUGGAUGGCAGGGCGAAGUCCCGCGCACGAACAGUAGGGGAUUUGAGUUAUGAGAGAAAAAAUUUUGAGAACCUGUGGUGCAGAAUAGUCAUUGCGGCACUGUGUUAG